AUGCACUACGACAUCGGGUCCGAACACGAGGAAGGUGAGGAGGAAGAGGAGAGGGAAGAUGACCCCAUCAUUGAUGUCACCGAUGCACCGGGGGAAGAAGAAGUAGACUAUGAGCAGGAUACUUACCACAACAAAGAUCUUCGAGACCUGAAAAUCCCUGCACUUCCUUCGACAGCCGCGGGAUAUCGAGCAUGGAGGAACGGCGUUUUGACAUCGUUCAGCAGCAUAGACAAGAGUGGGAACGCCAGGAUACUGAGAUGGCUCCAGGUCGCCCUUGAUCCAGCCAUAGGAGACCGACAGAUGCGCAAUCUGCAGGUCACGUCUGACGGCCUUCCCCGCCUUGAUGCAUUCCUGGCUGCACAGCUUACAGAUCCAAAACACCUCAAGGGAGACUACGGAGUCGCUGCCCAGGCGUUCACCGAGCGAGCACAUGCGUUAGGCGUGCAGCCUUCCGGGCGUGCGCUGUUGGCAAUGCUCAGCCGAAGGUGUCGGGUAGACCGGAUCAGGGGGGCGACAGUCUCCCAGCAGACACUCUUAGCCAUCCAGCUCGAAGGCUUCAGCCAACAACAACUGCAAGCCUUUAGAGAAAAGGUUGAGUUUUGUUUGAACGGUUUCAGUCCCGAAGCAUGGCCCGCUGAGUCUACCUUGUUUAGCUGGUUAUACUCCAAGCUCAAGCACUGCAGGCUUCUUUCCAGAGCAGUCGACAAGAUCAAAGACUCCAAUCCAGGUAGCAACAAGCGAACCUUUGCGUGGUUGUGGUCGCAGCUUGUCGAAUUGCUAGAUGAGCUGAGAGAAGAAGCAAACGAAGAGUCAAUUCGUGACACUCUCAUCAAGCCCAAAGCCAAAGCUGCUCCCGCCCCAAAGAAAGAGGAGCGUUCCCGCGAUAAGCCGGACAAGCCCACUCCUGCCAAUCCAGCCCCUCCGGCCAAGACCAAAGGUUCUGGGAAGGAUGGGAAAGACAAGGAUGGCAAGGGAAAGGGGGGUAAAGGGAGUGGUAAGGGUGCAGAUUCACAGAAAACACCAAACAAGCCAAAGGCGAAAUCAGGCGGUAAAGGCCAGGGCUCCAAAGCUGAAGGCAAAGCCCCAAGCAAAGGAAAUGCCCCCAAAGCUACCGUACCAUGCCUGUUCUUCCCAAAGGGAACGUGUAACCGGGGUGAGAAUUGUCCGUUUUCGCAUGAGACCUCUCCCGGUAACAAGGCCCCAGGGUCAAAGACUACUGGAGCUAGCGCUACGGCAAAGAGCUCUGCCGCAGCUGUCGCCCUGCUGCUUCCCACUACGGCGCGGGGUGCCUCGGUCGAUGGUUCCUCCACACCGAGCAAGACAACCUUUUGGAAGCGUUCAGGAUUGAGUAGGUUCUUCCAGUUCGUUUCGGGGUGGUUUACUGUGUUCAGCAACAUCUGCGCUCCUGCCUGUCCCGCCACUGUCACUCCGUUGCUUGUAGCAUCUCAGCAUCAGCACCCGCAACAGGGAUGGUUCUACCACGAGUGGAUCGCUGAUAGUGGUGCAGGUAGAUCCCUAGAGAGUCGUGAAGCCCUCAAUGAACAAGGCAUUCCUGAAGACGCAUACGCACACAUGGCCGAACAGGCACCCACAGUAUCCUUUUCCACAGGGAAUGGUGUCGUUGAUUCAGGGCUCAUGCUUGGCUUCGAGGGUUCCAUUCUAGGAAACAAUUCUGCAUAUCUCCUGGACAACUGCCCUAGUGUAAAAUCACUUGGUGAGCUGGUAGAGACAAAGUCUAUGCCGUUUGUAUGGUUGCCAGGAAAGCUUCCGAUGUUCCUGUCGAGUGUCGAACACGUUCAGGUCAUUGAAGAAUCCGCCAUAUGUGCCGAUAGAGUUGAGGGAAAUGUUCCAAUCUUCAGGGAACAGGUCAGAUUCGUCUCGCCUUCCACUGUUGCGAUGCCUGGCUUCAUGAGCGAUGCUAGAAAGGCAAAGCCUCUUGCACGCACUACCAUAGAGCCUUCACGGCACACCACGUAUCGACCCUCGCCGCAUAUCACGGAGGAGUCUACCUUGCUUGAGUUGUUGCAGGAUCCAGGGGUGCCGUCAAAGACCGCCUCCGGGUCUAGAGAUCCUCCACCUGACUCUGAUGACGAGCUGAAGUCUAGGGCAAAGUCCUCUUCAGCAAGAAAGCCAAAGGCUAAACCAAGUCCAAAGGACAAGGUCAAAGGUGCAAAAGCUCCUAAACCUGCUGAAGCAGCGAAGGCUCCGGAACCUCCUGCUCCAGUAGAACCCGAGGUCCCGCCACCUCCACUUCCUCCACCUGCCAUUCCGCCAGGUUCUGGGUCGGACUCAGGAGAGGACGUAACAUCAGAACGUCAGAAGCAACUCAUCAAGGAGGCCUCUUCAAUGGCACACAAGUUGACGCAUAUCCCUAAGAAUCCCUACUGUGAGAUAUGUCAGCGAAGCCGCAUGUAUCGACAAAGAGUCACCAAGAAGCGUGCAGAGCCUCUCGAAGACAGAGGUGACUUGCCUCCUGCUGAACAGUUUGGCGAGAGGAUUGCAACAGACUAUAUAAUCCCUUCGAAGCGUGAGCAUGCAGUCCAUGUCAUCAGGGAUGAAUAUAGUGGUGCACUGCGAGCUUUUGUCUGUGCGCGCACAGCUGAGAGAGCAGCUCAGAACCUCCUUACCUUUGUAGGCGCCCGAUACAAGCACCUCCCGAACGUGUUGUGUAAGGCUGAUGAUGCAAAGGAGUUAAUAGCUGCCGUCUCACAAAUAGGAUGGGUGCAUGAAGCGACCCUAGAAAACAGAUUUCCACACAACGCCCAACUUGAGAGAGAGAUAAGAACUCUCGAGGAAUCGACUCGCGCGGUGCAUUUGGCUGCUGGGUUCCAUGUGGUUCCAGAUCUGUGGCAUGUGUCCGUGCAGUUUGCCGCGCAGACUUUGACAGUUGUACCGUGGCAGGGCAAAGACAAGUCGCGUUUCGAGGUUGCAACUGGUUCCCCAUUCGAAGGCCCAAGGCUUCCCUUGGGACAGUUGGUGCAUUACAGGAUCCAUGACCCCAGCCGCAGGCAUAAGUUCGAAGCUACAACUGCUCCCGGACUAUUUGCAGGUUGGAGGUUUGAGCACGGAUUUGUGUAUCGUGACGUGAUCUGGGUGCUAGACUAUGAAGCCGUCAAGUCCAAGUCGAUUGGGUAUAGGGACAUGAUCCCCGUGCCAUAUGCGGAAGUGCAUGUCCCAGAGACUGAGACCUUCCCGCUAAAGGCCGCGGCGGAUCUUGCUCUUCGCGUGUUCCAGGAUCCCAAACUUGAGGCUAUCACAGCGCUGGACAUACCAUUCAGCUCAUUGUCCCCUGCUGAUCCUCCUCGAAGGCGCGCAGAGUACAUUACGCUUGAACGCAUUCUUAAGUUCGGUGCCACACCAGGAUGCAAAGCGUGCACUUUCGAUUCCGUGAAGCAUAGUCCUAAAUGCCGAGCAAGAUUCGAUGCCCUGAUAAAGGCUGAUAGGAUUGCGUUGACGUCCAAGCCCCCUGAGCCAGUUCCUCCAGCUGAGCUCCCCGAAGGCGUUGGUCUCCACCCUUCGAGUGAGCCCGCUGUAGAAGGUCUUGUUGCGAAGGUCGAGCUCGGUGUGACGCAAGUCUUUGUCGAUGCCAACAGGGAAAGAGUCCGCCAAAGAAAGGUGCAAACGCUCAUAGGCAAGGAUGUGUUGUUCGAAUAUGCGUGUGGCGACAGUUCAGAGCUUUCGCAAGCUGCAUCCGAAAUUGGCAUCAACAGUAUCCGCUUAUGCCGAAGCAUGAUUGAUUUGUCCAACGAAGAACAUGUCAAACAAGUUCAAGGUCAGGUCGAAGCAUCGCCAGGUUGUGAUGUGUGGCUCUCAUUGCCGUGCACCGAGUUCAGUCCGUGGCAGAACAUGAACGUCCAUAGGCAUGGGGCGAAGUACGGAAAGGGUCUUCGGAAUCGCCAAGAGAAGAGCAAGCUUAUGUUCUUGUAUGCCCGCAAGGUACUCGCAACUGCCAUCGCAAAUCAUGGAAGGAUCGCAGUCGAGUGGCCCAAAGGGUCCGGCUGGUGGGAUCUCCCUGAAUGGAAAGAAUUUCAGGAUGAACAUGGUCUACACAAAGUGUCUUUUGAUGGCUGCAUGGCUGGAGUGAAGGGCCGAGAGCAUCCAAUCCGCAAGCCCUGGAGCGUAGCCACUAAUGAUCUGCGACUUGUUCAAUUUCUUGGACAACUGCAAUGUGACGGUAGCCACCAGCACGAGGCCGCCGAAGGCUCACAAACAAAGCAGACUGACGCAUACCCACGAGAGCUCGCUCACAACAUCGUCGAAGCGUGGUAUCCGCAACGCUACCAUCGCCACAUCCCCUCCAUGGUCACGAAGAACUUAACAAAGCGGGAAUGGAAAGCAGACCCGCGCGGAGUUGCAGCCGUGAAGAAGGAGGCAGAAGGGUUACGUUCUAACGGAACGUGGGAUGAUUUGACAGUCUGUCUUUUGUCUUCCUUGCGUGCCGAUGCAAAACGGCAAAACCGUAAACUCAAAAUUGCAGAGCUUCUCACAUUAUGUGGGAUAAAACAUUUCGAACUCCCUGAGCAUGAACACAAGUUCAAAGGGAGAAUCGUGUACAGGGGGGACUGCAUUUUUGACCAGUUCGGAAACCAUGUUCUUUUUGAAGACGUGGCUACCACACCAACUUCCUUGGUUGCCCUUAACAUCGCAUUGUUUUUCGGCUGCCAAGAUGGAAACGCAGUGAGCCUUGCAGAUGCCAUUCAGGCGUUUCUUCAAGCUGACCUCGCUGAGGCAGGAGAGCCCGACACAUGGGUUAUCCUCCCCGAGGAGCUGUGGUUGGACACAUGGCACAAAGCGUACCCAUCAGGGUCGAAGUUGGUGGUAAGGUUGAAGCGAAGCUUAUAUGGCCAUCCGCUUGCUGGCAAACUAUGGCAGAAACACCUAGCCUCUGUUCUCACUUCCUUUGGUGGCAUUGAGAUGGAUUUGUUUCCUUCAAACUUCAUCUUUCAAAUGGGUUCCCAUACCCUGCUACUUAACGUGUAUGUAGAUGACCUAACGUUGUCGGGAGCAAAGCAUCUUCAUGCACAGUUUUGGAAAAGGCUGAGAGCGCAUAUCAAGCUGGAAGACGAAUGUUACAUCGAAGCCUCGAAUGCACGGAUCCUUGGCAGAGGUCACCGAAUCCAACGAGGCAGUGACUUCACAACUCUUGUGCUUGAUAUGUCUGCUUUCGCAGAGCAGGUCGUCGAGGCGUACUGCGAGCUUGCUGAUGUCCCAAAGGCAAAGCUCCGUAACGUCACAACCCCAAGUUUGUCCGAGGCGUUAAUGUCAGAUGAGGACCUGCAGCAACCCGGCACACUGAGCCAUGUAGCUGCAAAGGUACUUAUGAAAGCACUUUGGCUGGGUCGGUUGGCUCGCCCUGAUCUGUGUUUCAUAAUCGGUCGGUUAGCGUCACGAGUGGCCGCGUGGACUAAAUGGGAAGACAAGCAGUUACUUCGCCUGAUUUCGUAUCUUCACGGUACAACAGGCUUAUGUUUAGCUGCUACUGUGAACCAUCACGAAGCUCCCCAGAUCCACAUCUUCACUGACAGUGAUUUCGCCUCUUGUCCGCAUAGUGCAAAAUCGACGAGCGGGAUCUACAUGACUAUAGGGUCAACAGAUUUCCGCUUUCCGCUGUGGUGGGCAUCUAAGAAACAGACGAGUGUUGCAAGAAGCACUCCCGAGGCUGAGGCCAUAGCAAUGGCUUCCGCCAUGUUUGGUGAGGCCUUGAACAUUCAGGUCAUGAUGGAGCAUCUCCUCGGUCGUGCUAUCGACGUCGUAUUCCAUCAAGACAACGAGACCUUGCUCAAAGUCCUGGCUACAGGCUAUUCGGCGAAGCUGAGACACUGCAAUCGAGUCCACAGGGUCAACAUUGCAUCAAUGUCUGAACAGCUAGAGUCGCCACAAGUCACUGCCGUGUACUGCAAGAGCGAAUCUCAGAUAGCUAAUGGCCUAACAAAAGUCAUUCCACCUGCAGAAUGGCCACAUACUCUCGCACAGUUUGGCUUGACAGCAUCCAGCGAUGGACCCCACCUGGAAACUGCCGUCGCCGCACUUGCAGAGGCAAAUCUUGCCGCAGAAGUCUUCGCAGGCAGUUGCCCAAAGGUCCCGACUUGUCAGCAUCUGGUGCAGCUACUGACGUUCCUGGACGUCAAGUACAUCCAGCGCGCAAGGCUGCUUCACUCCCAGGCUGGCUACUCUGCGAUGGUUUCCUACUGGAGCGGCAAGCUCGCCAAGUUGGUCCCGUCGACUCAGACGGCGCGACGUAAGGCGUCGAAGCUGACCCUGGUGGCGCUCGUUUUCUCCAUCAGCGCCCGCUCGGCGCCUUGGCUACAGCUCGCGGCAGGCCACAUGCUUUGCCGAGGAGCAUGCCGGGGUCGAAUACAUCUCCUGGCCAGCGUUGGCAAGUUCACUGAGUCUGUCCGAGGCCUCCAAAGCUGCUGGAGCUCCCUUGGCAGAACCUUGCCUCUCCGAACGCCGUGGCGGCACCUGGGACUGAGCCCCGAGCUGAAUCUUCGGCAAGGGGCUCUUUCCGUCAGGGCGGUGGGCCCUGACUCGGCUGCGAGUGUCUUCGUGCCCUUGCAGUACCUUUGGCAGGUGGAUGCCAACUACGACUGGGGCAAGCCGAGCAGUGAGAAUUAUCAGGCAACAUCUGGGGGAAACAACUCGGGGCUGUUCGCGGACAUCCGCAAUCGUUUGGACAUUGCGUACCAUGGCUACUACUUGGAGCGACGGCAGCGAUUGCAGGAUGAGAUGUUGCAAGAUGUCCUCGCCACUGGGCUGCCGGACGAGCGCCCGUGGAUUGUGUAUACUGCUGGAGCUAUGGGAGCAGGAAAAUCUCAUGUCGUGCGCUGGCUGUCUCGCAAUGACUACUUUGCGCUUCCAAUCUUUGUACAGAUCGACCUUGACCGCUUCCGCACCCAGUUGCCCGAGUGGCCUGGUUAUGUCGCACGGAAUUCGGCUACGGCCGGUCAGCUAACGCACCGCGAAGCAGGUUACUGCGCCGAGAUUGCGCAAGAGGCAGCACUCCAAAGAUGUAAACAUGUUUGGGUCGAUGGAUCCCUUCACGAUGCUGAGUGGUAUGCCUCGGAGUUUCGCCGCAUUCGCAAGGAGCACCCGCAGUACAGGAUAGCAAUGUACCACGUUGUCGCCAAUUGGACCACAGUGCAAGGUCGCGCCGCCGCCCGCGCUAACCAAACUGGGCGAGUGGUGCCAAAGGACGCGCUUCAGAAGUCGUUUCGUCAGGUGCCGCAGGCGGUGCGGCAGCUGCAGCCGCUGGUAGACUUCUACGCGCGCAUCGAGAACCAGGAGGCCUCGCCGCGACUCGUAGAUGUGCGUGUGAAGAACGCACGAGGACUGAUCGAGAAGCCGCCGUGCUCAUGGGACGUCCUUCGAUCUGAGUUCGCGCCCCUGCGGGGAGCCAGCCAAGAAGGUGCGCUGAAGUCGUGGCUACAGCGGCUCAUCGAUGAGGAGCACGUCCUCAUCUUCACACACUCACAGGGCAGUGGCAGCUGCCAGCGAUUCCUUACGGAGGUCCUGGGCAUCCCAGGGGUUCGGGUGCUCGAGCUGGACCAGAUGAGCUCGUGGCCUUUCGAGGAAGACACGUGGGAGGACAAGGGCAGUGGCCGAAUGUCCACCACCAAGGAAGGCUUUGGCUUCGUAGUUCUUCAUGAGCUGAGCAAGAUGACCGGAAUGGACACCGUACCGCAGAUCUUCGCCGGAGGCACCUUUAUUGGUGGUUGCGAGCAGCUGCAGCGGCUGCAACAAUCGGGGCUCCUGACCCAACGAAUUCAAUCCGCUGUGCAGGCUGCAGAGAGAAAACGGCUGCUGCUCCCGCUCCGGGUCUCUUGCAGACCACCACUGGAGAUCAGCCUCUAUGUACGCAGCCAGGACCUGCCGCAUCAGAAACGAGCGCUCGACGAGCUGACGGCGGCGGCUGUAGAGGCAGGUUGGCCUCACACCGCUGUCGUCAGCAUGGCUGAUGCGGAGAAGGAGUUUAGACAUGAAGGCUUGUGGAGCUUCCUGCCAUGGAUCUGGCAGUCCGAGCAGAAGCGGAAGGGCAGUGGCAGAGGAAAGAGGCAAGCAGGCGGAAGCCAACGCUGGACUGUCUUUGCAGAGCCGGCGACCAUGGUCGACCCAGCCAGGCUCGAAGAGAUUCUGGCGGGCUACGACGCCAAGGAACCUUGGUACCUGGGCCGUUCGCUGACGGACGACCAGAUGUCCAUCAUCCAUCACUACCAGCAGGAGCCGGCCUAUCCCUUGGGACAUGCCGCCUUUGCCUUAAGCGCAGCUCUUCUGAGGAAGGUCGUGCAAGACCUGCAGGACAAGCCCCUGGGAGGUGGCCAGCAGAUUGAGCCCGUUUGGGAGCUCGCGAACCGCCUGAGCAAACUGGGAACGCACAUCCACGACCGCAAGGACGCUUUCUGCUUGCGCAAGGCCACGGGCUGUGCUACGUGGGUACGAGAGUUGGACAGAUACCGUCCGGCCAUGGGUCUGUCGCCCCGAGAUGUGGUGAUUGCCGUGAAGACCGUCGGCAAGUUCCACCAGCCGCGAAUUCCGCUGCUGAAGGAGUUUUGGGCAGAUGCCAGCCCCAGUGAUGUGCUUUACCUCAGCAAUGAGGGUGACGAUGGCCAGCUCGGUGCAACCGUCAUCGACCUGAGCCGGGAAUUUGGCGACAUGGUUGACCCAAGCAAGGAGUCGACCAAGCAGGGCAGUGGGCACUGCUCGAAGAUGCAAGCCAUUCUCAGGUAUUUGAGUAAACAUCAGCCGCAGCGGCGAUGGUAUGUGAUUACGGAUGAUGACACGCUUCUGAAUGUGCCGCGGCUGCUGCGGGUACUGGACUCCCAUGACGACCAGAAGGCCGUCUAUCUCGGUGAGCGGUAUGGCUGGUCGCACACAGAAGAUCGGGAAGGUACCAACUACAUCACCACUGGGGCCGGAAUGGCGCUGUCAGCCAAAGCGCUGCAGCUCGUCGUCGCAUGCUCAUCCUGCACAUGUCGAACUCCAGACAGUCCAGAUGACAUGACGUUGGGCUCGUGGUUUCGGUCGCUGGGCAUCCAG